UUGGCUGGGACCGUCACAUGACGCAGGAGGAAAAUGCGGUACAAGGAAAUACGUCUCCUGCGCGGUCCCGGUAAAAAAACACUUCACACACGUGUCCCGUUUCGGUCCGGAGCUGAUCCGGACUGUUAACCUGCAGAGACCCGCAGGAGAGUCCGCUCCGAGCCGGACCAUGUCCGAGGAGAGUCCACAUAAGGGGGAGCCUCCCCAGUCCACCCAGUCCACCCAGUCCCCAUCGCAGGCCCCGUCCACCCAGUCCCCAUCGCAGGCCCCGUCCACCCAGUCCCCAUCCCAGUCUAAGUCCCAGUCCCAGUCCCAGUCCCAGUCCCAGCCCGGUUCCAGUUCCUCCAGCGGGCCGACCUCAGCCAGUCAGUCGUCCAGUGGUUCAGGGACGCUGAGCAGUGUGGACACCAUCCCCGUCACCCUGCCGUCGGUCCCCGAGGAGCCCGGACCACAACCCUGGGGCCGCCUGCUGCCCAUGGCCCGAGGCUUCAGGAGCCACGACUGCAUCGAGGACCAGUACCUGUUCGGACGGGACUCGAAGUGUAACUAUGUCCUGGAUGAUCCGGAUCACAGAGGAUCUAAAAAGUUCCGAAUCUACAGCAAGAAACACUUCAGGAUCUACAGAGAGGGCAGCGAGGUCUUCGUGGAGGACUACAGUAACAACGGGACGUUUGUGGACGGGAUUCUGAUCGGUAAAGACAGGAAGCUUCCUCUGAUCAAUAACGCCGUGCUCGCUCUGUCUGAACAACGCAACAAAGUCUUUGUCUUCAUUGACCUGAUGUCAGACGAUCAGUCCAGUUUACCUAAAGAGCUGCAGGAGAAAUAUCUGCUGACUCGGCGGAUCGGCACAGGCGUGUGCGGGGAGGUCAAGCUGGCCUUCGAGAGGUCGACCUGCAGGAAGUUGGCGGUGAAAAUAAUAAACAAGAAGAACUUUCAGUCUGAAGGGAUGGCGACACGAAACGCAAAGACGGAGAUCGAGAUUCUACGGAGAGUCGACCACCCGUGUCUCAUAAGGACGGAGGACUUCUAUGAGACGGAGGACAGUUACUACAUCGUGUUGGAGCUGAUGGAGGGGGGGGAGCUGUUUAACAGAGUAAAGUCUCAGCAGCAGCUCGAUGAGUCAGUUGCCAAACUUUACUUCUACCAGAUGUUGAGAGCGGUCCAGUACCUCCACAGUAAUGGGAUCAUCCACAGAGACCUGAAACCAGAUAACAUCCUGCUGUCCUCACAGGACGACGUCUGUCUCAUCAAGGUGACGGACUUUAACCUAUCCAGGAUCCUGGACGAGGCCAUGAUGAGGACUCUGUGUGGGACUCCGUCCUACCUUGCUCCUGAGGUCUUCACUCACGCCUCCACCACAGGAUACGGUCUCGCCGUGGACGCCUGGAGUCUCGGAGUCCUGCUCUUUGUCUGUCUGGGGGGUUACCCUCCCUUCCACGAGAACUUUGGUCGUGAGUCGAUCACAGAGCAGAUCAUCCGGGGAGAGUUCACCAUGGUUCCUUCCAAGUGGAAACACAUCUCUGACCAAGCAAAGGAUGUGGUGAGGAAGCUGCUCGUUGUUGAUCCCAGUAAGAGGAUGACUAUAGAGGAAGCUCUGCAGCACCCCUGGUUACAGGAUCGUGGGAUGUUGGCGACGGCUCACAGGCUCAUGUACCCCUCUGAUGACGCCGCUGUUGCCACGGUAACCACAUCCACUCACACCCCCCAGCAGGAGGCGGGGCCAGCGUCAUCCGGAAGGAAACGAGGACGUGACGAAGAACACGAAGACGAACAUCCGGCAAAGCGGAGCCAAGCUCCGCCCCCUGCCCCUCUGUAGAGGACCAAUCAGAUUCAGCCGCUCCUCAGGUCACAUGACUUCCUGUCCACUACUGAACCUGUAAAUAACGUUUAUAAUGUUUCUAAUAAAGUCUUUAUAUUUUUCACUGA